AUGAACUUAGAGUCGCCUCCUGCUCCUCCUCCACAAUCUCCACUUCAGGGCCUUACACUUCCACAAUCCCCGAUUGUUGUGCAGCCUUCUGCUGUUCCACAACCUCCUAGCUUUAUGCCCGCCCUCCCAGUCUCGCAAUCUGCUGGUCAGAAUGGCCUGCCUGAGUCCCCUCGUCUUGUUUAUUUGCCUCCUUCUUUACCUGCAUCCCCCUCAUCUUAUUUCUCUGCUUCCUCUUUCCCUCGCUCUGUGACGGGGUCUGUAGCUAGUUUUGUAAACCCUGUUUCUGGCCCUCCAACUGCUGGCGGCCAGAACUCCACAGGACCCCUUGGCCUUGGUAAUAUCCCAGCAGAUUUGUUCAUGGAGAUCACUGAUCUCGUGGAUGAUAGAUCAUUGUAUAACCUUUCCUUAGUAACCCGGAGAUUUUAUUCAUUUGCCGCCUCAUUUGUUCGAUCUCGGACGCUGGACGAUAGUCUAAUGCCCCCAGGUCCUCUAAGAGGGUUGUACGAUUUUGGACGCGGCAUGCGGCCUGAGCCCGUUGUUUUUUCCUGA